AUGCAAAAUAAUAACAUCUUUACACACUUCAAGCUCUUUGUUACUUACUAUCUAUCCUUAUUGUUUGUUUUGCUGAUUGUUAAUUAUGUUUGUAGCACUUUUAUUUUGAAUAUUAAAAUCAUUUAUUUGUCUUUGCUUAAAUAAUUUUUCAAGUGCUUCAUGCUUUACUAUAUGAGUGAUAGACGAUUGAGUGAUUAUGAAUUAGCAAAACUACUUUGGAUUUUAAUUUUUUGGAAGUUGAUUUAAGUGCUUAAUGUCUAGAAAGGUAAAAAGUGUGAACAAUUUGUUAUUCAAUCAUAAUUUGAAAUGGAGAAAUUUGAAUGGUAGUAGACAAAUGACACAUGUUUGAUUAAUUGA